AGGUAGUGUGACCUGUGGAAGGUGGGGUGGUGAGAGAUUAGAUUACACUUGAACUUGAUAGACGUGAGUUAAUGCAGAGAGAGAAAGACUUUAUAUUUUGUUUAUUAAGUCUUUGAUGUACUUAAAAGAGACCAGACAUCAGUGAAAGUUUGAAUAGUGAGUAAGUGAGUGGUGAUGAAGUGGAUGAGUAUUAGACACUGUGGAGUACCACUUUCAGUUUCAGUUUAAGAUUCAGAUUGAGAGUUUUUUCUGUGCUUUUAAGUACAUACAUGUACAUGCACAGCUUUUGGUUUGGUAGGUGAAUUUUUACUAUAAUAAGCAAGUCUUGGUCCAUAGUGGUAAAUGAUGAAGAACUUAUGGGAGAAAGACUCCAGUUCUACCCAUUUAACAUCUCCUUAUGUUCUUGGACGCUCAUCAUGGGGGACUUCAUCUGACUCUGAUGUGCAACAAUCAUCUAUGUCCAAAAGUUUGACCUUGAAAAUGGGUGUUUUUCCUCAACAAUACCGUAAUACCAAGUCAUUGAGUUUUCAAUAUCAAGACCGAGAUUCUUCUUCAACUCAAUCAACAGAUCAGUCUUACCCAGAAGUGGCUUCAGCACAAUCAGGUAAAAUUUCAGUCCGGUGUAGCAAUUCUUCUGUUUGUUCAACACUUAACACAACUGGAGGAAAGAGUGUGGAAAGUGUCAUCAGGUCAUCUAUGGGGAGUCAGGAUUUUACCUUCACUCCUUCACAACUGGGUCACAACCAAUCACUUACUCAUGCUGCAUUCCACUUUGCUGAGCCAUGCUUUGGUGGCCUACUACCUGCUGCAUAUGGACCACAGCCAAAUGUUCAUCAUGCUCAGCUAGUAGGAAUGGCUCCUGUUCGAAUUCCUCUGCCGCUUGAUCUUAGUGAGGAGCCCAUCUAUGUGAAUGCAAAGCAGUACCAUGCUAUUCUGAGGCGCAGACAGUAUCGUGCCAAACUUGAAGCGCAGAACAAACUCAUCAAAGAACGGAAACCAUAUCUUCACGAGUCUCGCCAUCUUCACGCACUGAAGAGAGCUAGAGGUUCUGGUGGGCGCUUCUUGAAUACCAAAAAGCUCCAAGAGUCAAAGCUCACUCUGGCGAACCGUGGCCUAGAUGUUUCAAGCCGUACUCAACUGAAUCUUGGUGGAAAUAUGUCAGAAACUAAGGUGCAUCAAGUAAAAAACUUGAACUACAGAGAUGGUGUUUCCACAACCACCUGUUCUGAUGUUACUAGUGCAUCUAAUAGUGAUGGUGUCUUCCAGCAACAUGAGUCAGACUUUAGGUUAUGUGGUUACCCUUCUCAUAUUGGAAGGAACAUGCAGGGUUACUCUGCCGAUAUCAGUGGCUGUGGCGGCGGCAGCGGAAAUCGACACCGUCUAUCUGUCCUUAUGUGACAAACUUUUAUGACACACUAGCAAGUUUUUCUUCAGCAUUCACAUGGAGAAAAUAAUUGCAGUGUUCCAUGGGGAAGUCAUCCUUGGCUCAUUUAGAUUAUUGCGUCUUACUAACAUGUUAAUGUUAGUAAAGAUAUGGACCUUUGCUAGAUUUCAUUUUUAUAUAAUAUUGCUGCCUGGAAAAUGUUUGGGCAAAGAAAGCACAUUUAGCUGACUAGUCAUAAACAAUAGUAUUUCCUUAUGUUGAUGUCACAUUUGAAAAUGUCGUGUUGAGAAACUAAUGUUUUGAUUGUGGUAUCUCUUUUA